AUGUUAUUCAUUGGUACAUUACUAGUAAUAAAUAUAAUAGUUGCCAUAAUUAUUAGUAUUUACUGUAAGUUAACAACCGGAAUAUGCAAAUGCAGUAGACAUCUAGUCGGUAAAACAGUUAUAAUAACAGGUGGCAACAGUGGCAUUGGUUUAGAAAUUGCAAAAGAUUUAGCGUCAAGAGGAGCUAGAGUGAUAUUAGCAUAUAAUGCUAAGAAAGAAGGAACUGCAGUGCGCGACUUGCUUAUUGAAUGUACAGGUAAUGAUAACGUAUGUUGUCGUGAGCUUGAUCUUGCUUCACUAGCUUCAGUAAAAGAAUUCGCUGAUGGUAUAAUCAACACAGAAAAACGAAUAGACAUACUCAUCAACAAUGCAGAGAUAUUUGAAGGAGAAAAUAUAAAAACAAAAGAUGGACUAUCUUUGUACAUGCAAGUCAACUAUUUUGGACAUUUUCUUCUAACUUCCUUGCUGCUGCCGUUACUGAAAUCUUCGUCACCUUGUCGUAUUAUAAACAUAUCGUCAGACGAACAUAGAAGAGGUAAAUUUGAAUUGGAUAACAUAAUUGAGAAUGCAACGAACGAUGCUUACAACCUUCGAAAAGAAUAUCGAAAAGCAAAGAUAUGUAACAUUCUAAUGACGUUAGAACUAGCAAGACGGUUGGAAGGAACAGGUAUUACUUCGAAUUGUCUCAAUCCUGGAAUAAUUUUCACUGCUAUAGAGGGAGAAACUACAUUAUUGGUGCGAUACAUUCAAAAGAUAGUUCAGCAGUUUCUUAAAACGCCUUGGGAAGGGGCGCAAACAACAAUAUUUUUGGCAGUAUCACCUGAAGUAGAAUUUGUAAGUGGAAAGUAUUACUCCGAUUGUCGAGAAAAAAUUCCUGCGCGAUGUGCUCGAGAUAAAGACGUAGCUCGAAAGUUAUGGGAGAUAUCUGAAGAGCUUGUUGGUUUGAAGAAAAUAAAGAAUGACUUUUCUGAUUAUUGA